AUGACCACACGUCUUGCAAAAGUCCUCGUUCCUACGUUCAUCCCCCCCGCGCAACUGCUCACACGUUCAGCAAGACGUGAUUUCCUGGGGGCAAAUCGGUCUAGUCUCUGCUCAUACCGACCAGCUGGAGCAUUUCAUCUUAAUCCAAAACAGAACCGCGUGCUUUCUAGCAUGUCGCAUCCGUCCCCGUCAUCACCGACAGAUGCCACUACGAUGGACUCUCCGGCUGAAUCCGCCAUGCCCAGCCGCUCGGCAAUGGAGGAGCCAGCAGUGCAGUACGUCGUCGUGCGCCGCGACCUACUUGCUACAUGGCCGACGGGGUCUGUGAUCGCGCAAGCCGUGCAUGCAUCUGUAGCCGCGGUCUGGGCAAGUCGUGGCAGCGAACUGACCAGGCAAUACUGCGGGGAGCAAGAACCAGCGCAGAUGCACACUGUUGUGCUGGAAGCCAAGAAUGAGGCGGGGCUACUCAAACUUGCCGAUCGGCUUCGCGACAACGAAGUCGAGUUCGUGCUUUGGAAGGAGCAGCCGGAAGAUUUUGUGACGGCGUUGGCGGCAUGGCCGUAUCCACGGGCGCAAGUAAAGAAACAUUUUUCAAAGUUUAAGUUAUUUAAAUGA